AUGUCGAGCUGCGACGGGGCGCAUUGUAUCAUUGAUGGAGGUACAUUUGUAAACUCCGAAAUCACUUUCCAAGCAAGAAGAAAUGUUCGUGCUGGAAAGGCGAAAUUUUGCAUAAGCGACUCACAGUUGUGGUUGUGCUUAAAACAAAUGGCAGGCGUAACCGAUAUAUGUGACCGCAUGGAACAAGAAUGUCCGCUCAAAAGAGGUGGUGUGUACACAAAUAAUAACUCGUUCUUCGCACCGGAUGCUUCGAUGGAAGGCGAACUAACCUACAAGCUUUACGACGAGAAAUGCAAUGUGCUUGCAUGCGUGCAGUACAAAGGAGGGUUUCGAUCACAGAAUAAAGACAUACAGUUGCAAUUCUUCACUGGUGACAGCUAUCCAUGCGGGGACAAAUGACCAUACAACCAUCCCUGGUUAUUUAUAUCUUGUUUGCAUAAAAUGACAUAAAAGAUAAUUGAAAAUAUUUGACGAAUGC